CAGUACAAAUACCGUUGGGUGACGAUAGCGUAAUCUAUUUCAUCGUUAAGCAUAUGAUAUAUAUACAACGGAACAAACUAAAGUCGUCAACAGCAAAACAUUAAGUUUAGUUUAUGUCAUUAGAGAAGAAUUGGUUCUAGAAAAUUAGAAACAUUUUUCAUGUUAGAUUAAUAGUAAAAUUUUUAAUGUUCAAAUAUUAGUAACGGUACUUGCUUUAUUCACAGUGUUCGCAAUUGAACGAUUAAUUAGCUGUUUAUUACGUUACCGCAUAAUUAAGGAUACUAUAUAAAUUAUCGCUAGCUGCAGUUACGUUCACUUAAAAUCAAGGCAGUAAACAGACGGGAGGUAUAAGGUAAAACAAGUGCUGGUAUAAAAAUACAGAUGUCACAGUUUGACUUCCUACAAAUGGGUUACAUUUCAUUUCUUAUUUUAUGUCUAGUACUUACUGCUUCCACAGAAUCUAACAACGAUGUGGAAGACGACAGUGAAUUUAUGGACGAAGAUAUCAUAGAUACAGGAGACAUAGAUAAACGUUUAUUUGAAAGACUAGCAAGCGGACUUGUGGGAAAACGCCCAUUUGAUAGAUUAGCUAGUGGACUCGUAGGAAAAAGGCCAUUUGACAGACUAGCAAGUGGGCUUGUAGGGAAACGAGAAUUCGAUCGCUUAGCAAGUGGUUUAGUUGGUAAACGCCCAUUUGAUAGACUAGCAAGCGGUUUAGUUGGUAAAAGGCCAUUUGACCGUUUAGCUAGUGGUUUAGUUGGAAAACGUCCAUUUGAUAGAUUAGCAAGUGGUUUGGUUGGUAAAAGGCCGUUCGACCGAUUAGCAAGUGGUUUAGUUGGUAAAAGACCAUUUGAUCGUUUAGCAAGUGGUUUAGUUGGUAAAAGACCAUUUGAUCGUUUAGCAAGUGGUUUAGUUGGAAAACGCCCAUUUGAUAGACUAGCAAGUGGUUUAGUCGGUAAAAGGCCGUUCGACCGUUUAGCUAGUGGUUUAGUCGGAAAACGUCCAUUUGACCGACUAGCAAGUGGUUUAGUUGGCAAAAGACCGUUCGAUCGUUUAGCUAGUGGACUUGUUGGUAAAAGGCCUUUCGACAGAUUAGCCAGCGGUUUAGUAGGAAAACGAUACAUGGACCCAUUAGCUUCUUCACUUGUUGGCAAGUGAGACAGUCAGUGAAAAUACGAUUAAUGUAACUACUAGCCAGUUACUGGUUUAGUUAGUUGAAUAUAUCAAAUAAAAGUUUUACAACAUUAUAUACUUGGAAACAAAAUUGAAUUUGGUUUCUAAAUGUAAUCUUGGACAUUUUCGAAAACAAAGUUUACAUAUUUUGUCCAAAACAAAUACUUCAGAAGAGAAAAACUAUCAAGUUUAUUGAUUGUUGUAGGUACAUGAGGAUGGAAUUGUGUAUGUUUUCUUCUGAGAGAAAAAAACGAAAGUUCAUCCACCUUAGACGUAUUACAUUGAAUAUGCAAAAAAAGUUAAAAUUUUGAUAAACAUAAAAUAAAGUUUAAACACAAAAGUUUUCUUCUUAUAUCCUAUAAAAUGAGAUAAAGAACGUAGCAAUUACACUUCUGUAAAUCAUAUAUUUGUAAAUUGCAAUUAAAUGAAGACAGUAUUUUCGAUUAAAAUCCUGUAUGGCAUGCAACAUCUCCGAAUCGUGAAGGAUUAAGCGCUCGUCAGCAUGUUUAUCUAUAUCGCAUUUCUCUUUUUAUGUCUAAUAUUAAGAAAUUUGUUAUCCAGUGGAGCGUUUUUAAUUAAACUGUUCGUUUUCUCUAGUCUUUUAUAGUUUACUUUACGGUAUGUUUUUGUUUGUUCCUUCUUGGCGGGCAUACGGUGGC